AGGACAACUUAAUUCGUCGUGAGAAAAGAAAGGAUUAGCAAAUGGAGAUGGCUGUCAUGGUCGCUAUUUGAACGCUGAAAGGUGCAGCGCAGAAAGCCGGCCAUGUCUGAAUCUCUGUACGAGAAGUUUCUGGCCCCAGAGGAGCCGUUCCCUCUCCUCUCCCAAAGAGCCAACCUCAGCGAUGUGGGAACGCUGGACGUCAGCGAGUUCAGCUGUCGGCUCUCGUCUUGUCACAGAACAGACCCUCUGCACCGUUUCCACAGCAACAGGUGGAACCUCACUUCCUGUGGGACCAGCGUAGCCAGCUCAGAGUGCAGCGAGGAGCUCUUCUCCUCCGUGUCGGUCGGCGAUCAGGACGACUGCUACUCCCUGCUGGACGACCAGGAACUGACGUCCCUGGAUCUGUUUCCGGAGGGCAGCGUCUGCAGCGACGUCUCGUCCUCCAUCAGCACGUACUGGGACUGGUCCGACAGCGAAUUUGAGUGGCAGUUGCCGGGAAGCGACUUUGCCAGCGGCAGCGACGUCCUGUCCGACAUAAUCCCAAGCGUGCCGAGUUCACCGUGUCUGUUCUCCAAGAGGAAACCGAAAUCACACACCCACCGCAACCUGGACGAGCUGCCCUGGAGCGCCAUGACCAACGAUGAGCAAGUGGAGUACAUAGAGUAUUUGAGUCGGAAGGUGAGCACAGAGAUGGGCCUGAGGGAGCAGCUGGACAUCAUCAAGAUCAUCGACCCGUGCGCUCAGAUCUCUCCCACCGACAGCGAGUUCAUCAUCGAGCUCAACUGCCUCACCGACGAGAAGCUCAAACAGGUGCGGAGCUACAUCAGGGAGCACAGCCCCCGGCUGAGAGCCAGCAGCACCAGGGAGGGCUGGAAGAGGAGCAGCCACAGCAGCGCCAGCACCGGGGGGGUGAGCGGCGUCAGCAGCAGCAACGCCAGCAUGGUCAGCUCCGCCAGCUCCUCCACGGGCUCCACGGCCUCCAACUCUAUGGCCGGUGGCACCGCCUCAGCCUGCAGCGGGAGCAACAUCAGCAGAGCUCACAGCGACGGAAACCUGUCGAGCGCCGCCGAACGCAUCCGAGACUCUAAAAAGCGAUCAAAGCAGCGGAAGCUUCAGCAGAAAGCGCUCCGCAAGCGUCAGCUGAAGGAGCAGCGGCAGGCACGUAAGGAGCACCUGAGCGGCCUCUUCCUGAACGAGGAGGUGCUGUCGCUACGGGUGACGGAGGAGGACGACCACGGAGACGACCUGGACAUACUGAUGUGACACCAGUGAACCAAUCAGUGCUCCCUCUAGGCCUGCAAGCUUUCAGCCUAACCCGACGCGUUUCGUGCGCUUGGCAGUGUUUCGCUUCCAGUGGUCUACGACUUUAGCUCGACGUGCUAGUGCUUCUACUGCAACGCUGUAAUGACGCUGCUGACGCUUUGAGAAAAUACCGAUCACGGUUUAGCCUGCUUAGCACCACAGGCUAGCUGACACACAGCUAGCAACAAGAGGACUGCUGCUUAGAAAAG